AUGAGCAAAACACACCCACCUGAGCUGAAGAGGUAUAUGGACAAGCAGAUGGACUUGAAGUUGAAUGGUAAUCGAAAGGUUUCAGGUAUAUUACGCGGGUUUGACCCGUUUAUGAAUAUUGUUGUUGAAGAAGCAGUUGAACAUCUUAAGGAUGGCACUCAAAAUCCAUUAGGGAUGGUGGUUAUCAGAGGGAAUUCAAUCUCUACUAUGGAACCAAAAGAGAGGUUGGAAUUUGGUGGCAGAUAA